AUGGCCGACGCGGACAUCCGUGACCACAUGGUCGUCGGUCCCGACGACCACCGAGCGUACAUUGUCAUCACCGCCGUCGUCGGCCUCACGUGGAGCGUCCUCGUCCUCGCCAUCCGCCUCUUCAUCCGCCUCCGACUGACCGGUCCCUUUGGAUCCGACGAUGCCGCCGCCUCGCUAGCCACGUUCAUCGCCGCGUGCCAGACCGCAACUACCCUCUACUCUGUCCGCGAGGGCGUGGGCGUCCGCUACAACGACGCCUACCGUGAUAGCAUGGACGCCGGGCUCAAGGCGUACUACGCAAGCACGAUCCUGUACAUCAUGGCGCUCUGCCCGGCCAAGGCGUCCAUGUCACUGCUGAUAUCCAGGGUCAGCCGGCAGGCCGCGGACAAGCACCUCCUCGCCACACGCAUCGUCACCGCCAUCAUCCUCGCCUGGGGCCUGGCCUCCAUCUUCAUCGUCGCCUUCCAAUGCGGGAGCGCGCGCCCGUGGGACCUCUCCGCCCCCGGCCACUGCCCUAAUCUGUUCCCGCGCUGGCUCGUCGUCGAGGUCCUCAGCCUCGUCAUCGAGCUUCUCAUCUCCGGCCUCGCCUUCUCCCUCGUCCUCGACCUCGACAUGGCCGUCCGCACCAAGCUCAUCGUCAUCUUUGCCUUUUCCGCGCAGCUCCUCGUCGCCAUCCCCGUCUCCUACCGGCUCGUGCUCCUCCGCGACGCCGCCACGCGGCCCGACCGCCACGCCUCCGGGCCGCCCGUCAUGUUCGCGCUGGCCGACCCGACCGUCGUCACGCAGGUGGUGAUGCACUUCUCCGUCAUGGCCGCCACGUUUCCUUGCUUCCGCCAGUUCCUGCAGGCGUUCAACAACGACUUUGGCGCGACGACCAAGAUGGGCACGGACGACGAGCGCUCGGGCGACCGCAGCCAGGGCGUGCGAAGCAGUAAUAGCUACGCCAUGUCGGCGCUGCGGUCGCGGGGGGAGGCGAGCGGCGGCGGUGGGGGAGGUGGUGAGCUGACGGCGCCGCUGCGCGAGGUCGACUCGGAUACGGAGGUGGACGAGGUCACGUUUCGGCCGCUGGCGCCGCUCCGGGACGGCUUGCUGACGCCGGUGGACGACGGGAGGAGUCUGCGGAGCGUGGGAAGUGACCGCGCCAUAAUUCAGCAUAAGCAAAAGAGAGCUUGA